UCGCUGAGGGCCCGCCUCCUGCCCCGCGCCGGCUAGCGGAGGAGAGUAAAUACAACAGGAGCGCAAAAUGGCGGAACCGCCGAGCCCUCUGCACUGUGUCGCUGCCGCGGCCCCCACCGCCACUGUCUCGGAGAAAGAACCGUUUGGCAAGCUGCAGCCCUCCUCCCGGGACCCUCCGGGUUCUCUGUCCGCCAAGAAGGUCCGGACUGAGGAGAAGAAAGCACCGCGGAGAGUGAACGGAGAAGGGGGCAGCGGCGGGAACAGCAGGCAGCUGCAGCCGCCGGCAGCACCUUCGCCUCAGAGCUAUGGCAGCCCCGCGUCUUGGAGCUUUGCCCCUCUGUCUGCUGCUCCGUCCUCGUUCUCUUCUCGGAGCAGUUUCUCUUUCUCCGCUGGCACGGCCGUUCCCUCCUCAGCCUCCGCUUCCUUGUCUCAGCCGGUGCCGCGCAAACUGCUAGUCCCUCCUACGCUGCUGCACGCUCAGCCGCACCAUCUCCUCCUGCCCGCCGCCGCCGCCGCCGCCGCCGCCGCCGCCUCGGCUAACGCCAAGUCGCGCAGACCUAAGGAGAAGCGGGAGAAGGAGAGGAGGAGGCACGGUCUCGGCGAGGCCCGAGAGGCCGGCGGGGCCUCCCGGGAGGAGAACGGGGAGGUGAAGCAGCUGCCCCGAGAUAAAAUCAAAGACAAAAUUAAAGAGAGAGACAAAGAAAAAGAGAGAGAGAAAAAGAAACAUAAAGUAAUGAAUGAGAUCAAGAAAGAGAAUGGAGAAGUAAAGAUUUUGCUGAAAAGUGGGAAGGAGAAACCAAAAACAAAUAUAGAAGACUUACAAAUUAAAAAGGUAAAGAAGAAAAAGAAAAAGAAACACAAAGAGAAUGAAAAACGGAAGCGUCCGAAAAUGUAUAGCAAAUCUAUUCAGACCAUCUGCUCAGGAUUGCUAACUGAUGUUGAAGAUCAAGCAGCCAAAGGCAUCCUAAAUGAUAACAUAAAAGAUUACGUUGGGAAGAAUUUGGAUACCAAGAACUAUGAUUCCAAAAUUCCAGAGAACAGUGAGUUUCCAUUUGUCUCAUUAAAGGAGCCACGAGUUCAGAAUAACCUCAAAAGGCUGGACAGUUUGGAAUUUAAACAACUCAUUCAUAUAGAGCACCAGCCUAAUGGAGGUGCAUCGGUUAUCCAUGCCUACAGUAACGAACUCUCCCACCUGUCUCCUAUGGAGAUGGAGAGGUUUGCAGAAGAGUUUGUGGGUCUAGUGUUCAGUGAAAAUGAAAACUCUGCAGCUUUCUACGUGAUGGGUAUUGUUCAUGGGGCAGCUACUUAUUUACCUGACUUUUUAGACUAUUUUUCAUUUAAUUUUCCCAAUUCACCAGUGAAAAUGGAGAUAUUGGGAAAGAAAGAUAUAGAGACAACGACUAUGUCCAAUUUUCAUGCUCAGGUAAAAAGAACGUAUUCUCAUGGUACUUACAGAGCUGGCCCAAUGCGACAAAUAAGCUUGGUGGGAGCAGUUGAUGAAGAAGUAGGAGAUUAUUUCCCUGAGUUCCUUGACAUGUUGGAAGAGUCACCAUUUUUAAAAUGUACACUGCCAUGGGGGACGCUAUCUAGUCUAAAAUUACAGAGUCGAAAAGAUAGUGAUGAUGGUCCCAUCAUGUGGGUUCGUCCAGGAGAACAAAUGAUCCCUGUGGCUGAUAUGCCAAAGUCACCUUUCAAAAGGAAAAGAACUACCAAUGAAAUAAAAAAUCUUCAGUACCUACCUCGAACAAGUGAGCCCCGUGAGAUGCUCUUUGAAGACAGGACAAGAGCUCAUGCAGAUCAUAUAGGACAAGGUUUUGAACGACAGACUACAGCUGCUGUUGGAGUGCUGAAGGCUGUGCACUGUGGAGAGUGGCCUGAUCAACCCCGUAUAACCAAAGAUGUAAUUUGUUUUCAUGCUGAAGAUUUCUUAGAAGUAGUUCAACGAAUGCAGUUAGAUUUACAUGAACCUCCACUGUCCCAGUGUGUCCAAUGGGUUGAUGAUGCAAAACUGAAUCAACUGAGGAGGGAAGGCAUUCGCUAUGCCAGGAUUCAGCUAUAUGAUAAUGACAUUUAUUUUAUUCCAAGGAAUGUUGUUCAUCAGUUCAAGACAGUUUCAGCUGUAUGCAGUUUAGCAUGGCAUAUUCGGCUCAAAUUAUAUCACUCAGAGGAGGACACUUCUCAGAAUACAGCUACUCAUGAAACAGGCACAUCAUCAGAUUCCACAUCAUCUGUUCUUGGACUUCACACUGACAUGAUUUGUGCUGUAAGCAAAGCCUCCUUGGAUUCUGUUUUUUCAGAUAAACUUCAUUCUAAAUAUGAAUUACAGCAGAUUAAACAUGAACCUAUUGCAUCUGUAAGAAUCAAGGAAGAACCUGUGAAUGUUAAUAUUCCUGAAAAGACUAGAGCACUGAAUAAUAUGGAUGGCAAGAAUGUUAAAGCAAAAUUGGAUCAUGUUCAAUUUACAGAAUUUAAGAUUGACAUGGAUUCUAAAUUUGAAAAUAGCAACAAAGAUUUAAAGGAAGAAUUGUGCCCUGGAAAUCUAAGUCUAGUUGAUACAAGGCAACACAGUUCAGCACAUUCAAAUCAAGAUAAAAAAGACGAUGAUAUUUUGUGCUAAAUUUGCAUAUACCAUCUAAAAUCCUUUUUUAAAAAAAUUUAAUAAUGUAAUAAAGAUUCAUGAAUUCUGAAAG